CCUUCCGUGACUGCUGUGAAAGCCCCUUGUGAGAGCUGGGAUCUGCUUUUCAUACGGAAGCCACAAAAUGGCAACUUCGGCGUACUUGGGUCUUUGCGAUAGCCACUUGGCUACGGAUUACAAUGACAGGAAUCGCAAUAUCGUCCAGUCGACCCUUCUCCCGCUCAGCAAAGGCGCCAACAACACCUUCCUUAACUUGCUAGCGCCUCCGCCUUCAAUUGUUCAUCCGCUUCUAGGUCGCAUGAAGAGAGCAUCUCUUCUACAUACUUUCGAUAAUGAGAUCAGGGCAUGCAUCCGACGCAUCCGAGCGUUCGCUGCCAGAAAUGAGGUCGAACCGAAGGAAAAGCAAUCGGUAUCCCGUCAAAGGGUGUCCGAGAAAUCCAAAAAGCCGGAUCCUUCGACGGUCCCACUUCAUGCAUCAUCCAACAUGCGGCGUCGGCUUCUCGCCACACAGCUGACCAAGUGUUGGGAAAUGUUCACGCCACAUGUUGAUCCGCAAUAUGUGCACACUAGGAUGGUCGAAGCCGGGGAGCUCAUCAUGGAGAUUGAAGACUUCUGGCAAGUGGCCAAUGCUGCAUGCUUUGAUAGGUUCCUGGAGAGCAUCAAGAAGCCAGAGACGCCGAUGAGUAGAAGUCGUCCGCAGUCAACCAAAGAGCAGCCGCUCAAGUCGAUACCAGCACUAUUUCCGGUUCCUCUUUCAUCAGACGCCGAUGCAAAGCGAGGGUAUGCGCAACCUGCACCGUCCUCUCAAGCUAUAACACCUGAAGCGCUUAUGUUCCGAGCAAAGUAUGGACAACUGGUGUGCGAGCUUCAGCGACUAAAAGGUAUCGACACGUUCCUGAAGAACUCUCACAUGGUGAGCAGUAUCUUGCGGGUGCUUUCGGAUAUCAUGGGCGUGAUGCGAGAAUGCGUGAAGUCGAGCAGCAGUAAAGAGGUUACGAGCCUGCUUUGGAAGGCAGGACAAAUCAUCAAGGAGAUGUGCGACGGGUUGCGCGAGGCAGACUGGCUGGAGGAGAUUGCUGACUUGUUAGUCGAGUCUGUCACAAUCAUUGAGACAUCACCGGAACUUUCAGAACCGAGAUAUUUAGGUUGGCGGGUUGACCAAUACACCGUGAUAUACAACUGCCUACUGCGGACCGAUGGGUACGACCAAGCACUGGACUUGAUUGACGGCGUCAUGAAGGACGUUGAAAAGAUGAAAGAGAUUCAUGAUCUCGUGGCGAACGUCAAGGACAUAGAAGGGAACGAGAACGACCCAAAGACGGCAGAUUGGCGUGACGUGAUUACGCAUUCAAUGUUUCGACUGAAUGUGUUAAUGUUCGGUUGUGAGGUGCGAGCAAUGGCCGAUGGGAAGGGGAAGGAGAUCGCGACCGUGGAAAUUAUUGUAAAAGCACCAAGCGCCCCAGGUUCUGCUAUGGGAUUUCGGCAACGUCCGAGCGUGACACAGGAUAGUGCUGCCGAUGACGGACCCAGAACAUCUGUGCGAACAAGAACGCCUCUGCGGAAACUCUUUCAGGACUCGCCGAUCCGGGGGGCAGCGAUCUGGAAAGGACAAGAGGAUCAGGAACACCUGCGGGGAUCUUCGGUCCUCAAUCUUAGCCAGUCGCAGCAAAGCAUCGCUGGUCUGUUCAUGAAGGGGCAAGGUGAUGCAUGGGAUGAAAAUUCAGAAGAUAAGGGCGACUCGAUGGUCAAACUAAGAGGAGGGGGUCGGAAGUUGGCUCGGAGUCUCUCGACAAGAGCCGUGGGACAACUCAUCAAAAAGCAAGGAUAUGCUCCGGGUCGAAACAUGAUGCGUCCCGGUUCAUUGUUCGAUGAGGGCAGUGCACUAGCAGAAGGAACUGUCAGUGAAGGAUUCAACGAUCUCAGCCGGCCCAAGCCUCGGCAGCAGGUAGCAGCUUCCGCCAGAUCGACUGGCAAGAAAGGCAAGCCUGUGGCACCAAAGCUUGAUGAAUCCGAAGAAGGCAAAGCCCGGAGACAGAUCAUGUUCGACAUCAUGUAUAUGCUGGCAUCGUUUCAUGGUGAUAGGGACAGAUUUCGGGCCAUUGUCGAAGGACUCCACGCCCUAUCAUCUUCGACGGUCGAUAUGAAGGCAAUCGAGCGCUUGUCGACGGACUUUGACCGUCGCCAGCAAAUUCUCCUGAUCCUGCUGGAUGUUGGAUUUGAAAUUAUUCUGCUCGACUCCGAAGAAUUUCUCACACCAUCACGGGUGAUGGCCGCAUUUACCACAGAGUUGACCCUUGGAAAGCCACCUCAAGCAGCAGAGCUCGCUCGUAUCAUGGUACACCAUCGAUGGACUGGAUUGAAUUUUGAGGACCUAAUGUCAUACUGUCGGAAGCUUUACGAGAUGCAUCAGUGGCAGCGCUUCAGCGUACUUGGACGUCUCCUGGACGAUUCAUUCCAGCAGGAUCAUUUUGGCAACAGUUGCUCAGACCUUGAUCAAAUGGCGACAUCAAAGGAGUUAGUGCUGCGACUUGCCUGCAUCAACUUCCACAACGUAGCUCAUGCCGAUCGAAAGGUGGCCUUCGGCGCAGACGUUCCGGCUUCCAGCAGAUCGAUGAUGGCUCUGAAUCGCUCGCGCUUCGAAAUCUCGACGGAAUUGCAUACGGCCGCUAUAGCUGUGCUCGAUGCCCUUGCCGAUUGCAUCGAGAGUGACUCGCUCGUCACCUGGGCUCCAGGGCUGUUCGUGGGUACCGCCCGUCUUCUAUGGGAGUAUCUGGAGCCUAUGCUCCGUUCCAUCAAUUCUGUGGCGGACGCAGCUCAAUGCGAGAACUUGAAUGGGGAUAGUUUACUCAUCAUCCUGCUUCGCUUCUUGCACGCGGUCCUGACUGAAAUGCCAUUCGAGGACUCCCUUCUCCUCAUCGAUGUGGCUGGAAAACUUGCCUUGGUUCUCGAAUGCACGGGCGACCUCGAGGAAGCGGUUCAGGUUCUGGAAGAUAUGGAGGCUGUCCUCAACUUCGCCCGCUAUCGACUGGGAGAAAGCGCCGAAAGCGUCUCCGCCAUCACGUGCAACCUCAACUUCCACCCUAACACCCAUCUUUCCGACACGGCGGAGUUAAUCAGGGUGGUUAACAGUUCGAUCGAUCCUACAGCGCCUCUCACGAGGAGCGAGAAACUGCAAUUCUCGAGACGGAAUCUAGCAUGCGCGGCUGUCAGUGUUUACCGUCGGUUGUUCCGUUGCCGAAUGAAGCUCUCCUAUCAUACACGAGAAGCGGAGCAACGGCGGAAAGAAAGUCAGUAUGCACUCCUCACAAACAAGGUCCUCCAGGUGGACCCAGUUCUAACGACACUGAAAGAGGAGGACAUAAAAAAGUACUGCCGGGAGAACUUGGCCUUGAGGGCAUUAUUGUGCGCGGCUCACGCUUCGGAAGGCUCAAACCUGAGCCGAAGCGCAAAGCAUGACCUGCUUCAAGAGGCAACAUCUCUGCUUCACCGGGUUCAUCAAGAUGAACGAAGGCUGCUACUUGAUUUGAAUCGGAAGGAUGUACCGCCAUCGACCACGGCCCUCUGGAGGUGUCCACCGCCAAUCUUCGUGCGCAGGUCACCGACUUCGAUCACAGUCCGACCGGUACAUAUGUUGGAUGACAAUAAGCAGCCCGUAAUUCCAUACACUUAUCAGGUGUUCUGCCGAAGAGUGACUUCCGAAGUCGCAAUCGUCUCCGUUGCGGAUGUAGCCUAUCUUGGAACCGGAUCUCCUCUACCUACUCGAGGAACUACAACAAAUCUGGAAAUGAUCGUUUCGGGGCUGACGCCCAAUGAACGCUAUGUGUUUGCCGUUGGCGCAUACGGAGAAGACGGGGAGAUGCUCGGGAAGGGUGUGGGCGAGACCAGCAAGCCUAUCGUCGCAUGUCUGCCACUUCCAUUGCUGCUAUGCUGGGGUCAACUUUCCAGCAUUGCGCAAGAAGUGCAGUGGAGCACUGUGGCAGAUGGAGCUCACAAGGUGCUAAGCAAGCAAUACAUCUUGUGGCUUGCGCCUGAUAAUCGGUUGCGUCGCCCGAUAGAAGCCGAUCCAAAAACUGGUAUUGGAUUUCAGGAGGAGGAGGUAUUCAAACUUCACGAGACCGACCUAGACGCAACUGCACCAGCAAUCAUUCGGGGCUAUAUUGAAAGCAUAUAUGCAAGCAUCGAUCGGGCGUUUGCCUCUACGCAAGCCAUUGUGCACUCAGAUAUGGAAGGCGCGAGGGAUACCUUGAGCGCGCAAAUGUUGCGAUUGAGGAGCUGUCGGGAGCUUCUCGUUGCCUUAAAGCUUGCCGACCGUAUUGGGGACGAGAGAUUGAUGCUCUUAUCAUCUUUCAAGUGCCAUGAGCUACUCGUCCCUCUACUUCAAUGUGAUGACGUUGCCGAUCCCACGAAGUUGCAAAUGCGCCCGAAAGAUCCGGCUCCUUUCCCGUUUGUCACUCAAGUUCUCCUCGCAUGCCACCGCACAUUCAUACGAUGCUCCGCCAUCCUUGGCAACGAUCGCGCCCAAGGAGUUCGCGAUCACUACUCUUUCGUUGCAUUCCACCUUACGCGACGCUUACUAGCAGGCCGACGGACUUCUGAUAUCCAAAAAGCCGUGCAAGUCGCCGAGGAAGCACUUACUCUCAUUCGCUCAAUCGUGGGCGUUGAUUGCGAAGCGCGCAUCAUGAGUUCCAACUCCCUCGAAGAAGAAUGGCUAGGAUCCUCACACAAAUCUGUCAAGCGCUUCAUCAGCAAGAAAAAGGGCAAAGGCAAAGCGCUAAUGACCGAAUGCCUUUUCCACGCGCUCCUUGCUGCCUCGCAUAACUUCAAAGCGGGAUACGAUCUUAGCAAUUCGAGGAGACUCGAAAGCAUUUGCGAGUACUUCGACAUGGAGAUCGGAAAAGCGCACCUUGCCACGCAGGCCAGUGGGCCUGCAUCCCAGCAAGCAGCGUCGGCGCGUAAGGCCAUGGAUGCCGCCUCCACGACCCUGAGAGAGAUUCACAUGCUUUUGACCCAAAGUGGACCUGACGUGACGAUGGAGAAUCUAGCUCGCUAUCGCAAGAAUCCACGAUUCGUUGAGUUGAUGGCCUUCGCGGCCGCGUGGUGUCUUGCGGCAGGCCAUUUUAUUGACACGGCGAUUCGGAUAUGCUCAGAUGCGGAAGAUUGGACUGAGAAGCGGAACUUUUGCAUUGUGAAUUUCGAUCAGCUGAUGAGCUCUGAGGAGGACGAAAAGCAGAAGGACGGUUGGUGGAGCAAGAAAAAGAAGAAAGGCUUGUUUUCGGAUAAGACGGCUGGAUUGUCGAUCGCAAAGGUUGAUGAUAAGAAGAGGGGCCGGAAAUCGCAAAAGGAAACACUCAAACCACCGGGUCCCACCAAGGUUCAGGAGAGAGCAUCCCGUGAACCUAAAGGGCCUGUGGCUGAUGCUAGACCGCCAUUUGAUGACGAAGGCGAGAUGCCUGCUAGUAAACAUGCGCCGCCAGAAAUCAAGGAAAUACCAUCGACCCCAGGAGACGACAAAGCCGCUUCAAGCGCAUCAGGCUCCCGCGGGAGCACCGCCAGCCAAAGAGAAAGGGAACAAUCGCAAGGCAAACGAGAGCAAUCCCCCGGCCGAGAAAGCAGAUCUCGCGCUGGAAGCGCGCACUCGGCCAAGUCUCGAGGCGCGGCACCGGACGGGGCAGAUGACGCUCUGGCCCGCAAGCGACAGCGUAACGCACAGCGCCAGGCGUAUCUGGCCGGUAUACCUGCAGCCGAUCGGGACAACGUGGAACGGGCCGCUCGGAUUCUCGACAAGUCCUUGAGUGCUUUCUGGCACUACCGCCGGUAUACUCGUCGGUUACGAUUAAUUAUCAACUACGAGGCACCUGCUCGGUCCCGCUUGGCGCUGAUACAUGGGCUGGCAUGUCUUGCGCACUUUUCGAGGGAUACCGUCGGGAAAGAUUUUGGCCCGGAGGCACAUGUUCGGGACGAGCCGUUCGAGCUUCGCAAGUGUGGACGUAUCUUGCUCACAGAUCUGAAAAUUGCUCAUGCCAAGGCGUCCAAACAGGCUGGAACGACAGAUGCGGCAUCCAUAUCCAAUGACAAUUUCCGCUUCAUCAUGGACGCUUACCAGGGCAUCGUUCAAUCCGUCGUCAUCGGAUCGCGAGUAGGGGAAUGGCACCAGGUGUUGGACAGCUGCAAACAUCUUUGGAACAUGCAGCAGCGACUUCUCAGGCGCGGAGUCCUCACCGGCGCCGACUUCCGCACAAACCAUAUGUGGAGGGCGUGGUGGAUUAUCGGUCUCUGUCUCCUUGACUUCUUACAGGAUGUGAGAAUUCGCAAUGCUGACGACGAGCCCGAUGUUGGAGAGGCCGUUCGUAUGCCGUCAUCACGGCCUUCGACGGGACGGUCGUUCAUGUAUCCAUCGCGGCCCGUGACAGCGACCUUCCGCUCUGGGAAGAAUCAGCGGCACACUUUACCGUUUCAAACCUACUCUGAACUUUGUUCAAAUCAGUACGUUGCCGGCUGGUCGGAUCAGCACGGGGAAGUCCAGACCACACUUGUAGAUUUGCAGAUGAUUGCGUCGAUCAACUUGUUUGCGAUCGAAGCGAUGCAUAUUGCCUCUAAAUAUCACCGCGUCAUGGAGUUCGGGCUGAGAUUCGACCAAGUCUUCCGAGGAGUCUAUGCGCCCUUCUUGAAGCCCGUAUUGGCGACGGCUGCCAGGAGCUUUGAGCAACUCUACGGUGACGCCGCCUUCUCCGGGCCCGUCUUUGAUCAACUCGCAACAUGGCUAGCGUCCUCUCAGUCUCACUCGAGUCCAUCACGCCUGCAUUGGAUUGCCCGCGGGCUCUCAGCCAAGCUCGAACUGACCAUGGCCGUCACCGGCGCAACAUCCGACGCAUACGGUGAUCUAUACGUCGCAGCGGCUGAAGCGUACGAGCAGACCCUCAAAGUGUCAAAGAAAGUCCACAGCCGGACGAUGGAAGCCAUCACCAGCUACGAGUACGCAAAGCUACUACACACCCGGAAUGACCAUGAAUCAGCCUGUCUGUUCUGGUCCAAAGCAAUCGACGCCGUUUUCGGCAGCCAGCGUGUCGUCACGCAUUGGGUGCGGCUGUUUGCGGGUACUGCGAACGACUGGGAUCUGAAGCACGCUGCCCAUUUCGCGACCAUGGUCGCGCGGGCUGGAGGGCUCAAGAAUAUUGCACUGGCCGCCAUGUCAGCCACCAAAAUGGUGCAGACAUCGUAUUUGACCGUCAAUCUGGAUAAACGGUUAUCACUGGCAUCGUUCGCGGCUAGGCUAUUUGGGGUCUUGCUGAGGGGUCACGCAUCCCACCCGACCGACCCUCUAUUACUCGCACACUACAGUCCACCCUUCGUCCUUCCCUACCUCAACCUUUUCUCCGAUCCGCAACGGCUAGACCCGCGGGAAAUGGCCACAUCGCUCACAUUCCUCGCCAAAGAACUCAUCCGCGCCGAAAGGCCCUGGGAGGCUCUCCCCCUCGCCUGCCUCCUCGACCACCUAGCCCAAAACAUCUUGCUCUCCUCCCCACUCACCUGCGCCAGCCUCCUACUCAAAUCCGAAGCGCUGAUCCAGAUGGGCGCAGUCUCAGCCGGCCUGGACUGUAUCCUCACCAUUGCGUCCGGACGCGCACUCCUCAGCGAAGACAAGAUGUUCUAUACAGCACCCGUGAGCGGGGCUGGCGCCGCGCUCCCCGCGGAAAUCAGGUUCGAUGAGACCGCUCAUGUGCUGGACUGGGUCGUCAACCUCCGCGUGGUGCGGUAUAUCGCAGACCAUGUCAUACCCGACAAGCUCGCGUUCUUCAUGGGGCAGGAGACGCUGAGAGAGUAUGAGAUGUGUCGAUGCAGGAUCCUUAUCAAACUCGCGCAUUUGGCGGGACUGAAUGACCCCACCGUUAAUGGCAGCAAACUAAGCAUGUUGUUGCAUCAGAACCUGCCUCCCAUUGGAGAAAUCGAGACUCUGCCCACGGACGGCCGGCGCGGCUCGGUUGUCGGCGGUGGGACCGAGUCGAGUGAUUCAUUCACACGGUCAGGGUCGACGAUCAACAUGCAUAUUCCGUCGGGCGCCGCGCAGACGACGACGAAGCGGGAUGCGCAGGCUUUACUCAACUCGGUUCUGUUUCGUGUUGAUGCGGUUUUGGCGAAAGUGAUGGCGGAUCUCGAUCCGAGCGAGAAGUUGGUGCAUGAUUGGGCUCGGUUUCAUCUUUUAGUCGAAUGUGCGUCGUUAGCGGGACAGGUGCAUCUCCUGAGAUGGAACCUUGGCAUGGCCAUGAAAUGCUUCUCAUCGAUCAUCACAACACUCGAGCAGGCAAGCAAAUUCUCCCCGCAUCGCGUAGACCACUGGUGGCAACUCCACACGACCGAUCAGAUUCUCACAACAUCACUCAUGGACGGAAACUUCACAACAGUAAUCCUAAUCGGCGAAUCAGCAAUCACAUCCGCGAAAUCGCUCAGUUCAACCCCCUUUAAACUAGAAUUCGCAAAUCUGGUCUUGUCGGCCGAACGGCACAGCAUCGUGGCGUCCGGGGCAAACGCCGAGGACGAUGCCUUCGCUGAGAAGCUGACACAGUUUGAGAACGAUCUAACGACCGCAGGCUCACGGUAUGGCUGUGAACGAAUCCUAGCACGGGGUUGGGAGGCCCUCGGCGAUUCAUUGGACGCAAUCGAAUCGAACGACCUCAACCGCAUCACCAAAGCCUACACGAAAGCUGAAGAGCAUCUCAAACGUAUCCCUGCGUACACGACGACCCGCCCGUCAGGCUACAGCGGCAGCAUCCCGCAUCUAGCCGUCAUCCAAGCCAAGCGGGCCUUAUCCAUACUCAAACUUCCCGGAGGAGACGUCACCCAAGCCGCAGACCUCGUCGACACCGCGUGCACGUCAGUCCAAUACCUCGUCAACCUCCCCUCCACAUGCACCACCUUCCUCGCAUUAGCCAAAGCGACCGUGACGGCCGCGGCAAGAUUGCAGAAGCCCGUACCAUGGGAAACACUCGUCACCAAUUACACCACCCUCCUCAAGGCCCUCACCACCGAGGGCGAGUACCGCCACCAACCGCUCCAGGAAACCUUACUGGGUCUAUUACGGCUGUACGCGGAGCGCGCGAGGGGGCAGAUAAACGAGGAUAUGAGGACGACGGUGGCGGUGUUGGGGUCGCAGGCGGGGAGAUGCGGGGUUAUUAGGGAGGGGGUUGAGCGAGGGAGUUUGGUGGUGGAGGGGGGGAAUGUGAAGGUGCAUGAGGCGGCGGGGUUGACAGUGAGGGAGUAUCAUCAUUGGGCAGCGACGCAGACGGGGGCACAACCAGACAGCCUGAGCAACGCAGUUUCCCUCCUAUCACCCACCCUCCCCUCGGAGAUAAUCGGCGCCGGCCUUGCCGCCUCACCACCACCAACCGACACCAAGCUCAAAACCACCGAUCUAAUAACCUACAUCACCACCCUCCACCGCCAUGCCUUCCUCAUCCGGGGUACCCCCGACCCCUAUCAAUUCAGCAUCGCAAGCCGUCUCCACCGCGCGCACGCUUUGAUGGCCGAGCAAUCCCACAGCAACGCGUACACGGCAGAGAUGUGCGUCACCGAUAGCAAUGUGUCGGUUAUAGAAAAUGUACCGACGCGUGUUCCGCAGUUCACAUCGGAGGGCGUCAAGAGCGAUGCGUUGACAUUUACGUGGUUGCCCGCUGACACUGCGACGCGAGAAGAUGGGAAGACGAAAGACGUGAAAGAAUCCGACAUCGUCGGCGUAUUCACAUUCAUGGCCCGCCGCGGCGGGAGCGCGAAGGGCAAGAAAACCUCCCCCGGAUCCAAACCCUCCUCCUCCCGCUCCGGCACAUCAGGCGGUUUAAGCGCGUCGCUGAUUGCGCACGUUAUGUCGGUUCCGGGUGCGAAACUACAGACUGUCGGCGGGAUUAUGCGGAAAUUGGAGGUGUUGGGUGAUGGGGACGACGGUGAGGAGGGGUUCGAGGUGGAGACGGGGGAGAUUUGGGCGAAUGUGUUGGGGACUGUGAGGAUCUUGUUUGGGGUUGAUGAGGAGGUUUGUAUUUGGAAUGUCUCUUCCGAUCCCCGAGUACACCCCAGAAACACGUUCAACACUCCUCCAAAUCUUUGGCAUUCCACUCCCUCUCCCCUCCCACCAGAUCAUCUGCCGCUCGUUCCAGAUGACGAGGCCACCAAGUCCCAAACCAAGCAGCGCAAAAAGCGGCACCCGCACACCCGCGUCCACAGGCGCGCUGGCGCUGCUGGAGUGGCUUAAACAGUUGAUGGCGCUGGCCGAGUCGAAGGAGGGUGGGGAGACGGGAGCGGAGGGUGACCGGCCGGUGAGCCGGAAACGGAAUAAAGGGCAGGGGUUGUGGGAUAUUGCUGAUGAGACUGACCCCGUUCAAUAGGCGGCGGGGACGAUUUUU